UUUCCCGCUAGCCGCAUGUAAUUCUUUAUGUCAUCAGGCGGUCCAAUCCAAUUGGAUUUUCCGAAACGAAACAAAACGGGGCCACCGAAACUCCGGCGUUAUCACUUAUCAAUUAAAAGGCGCUCCAAAACUCCAGCUAACCCUCCUGCUCAGAUCCGUUUGGCCAGGUCAGGAUCAGGAUGUCGACGCGUCGCCAGGCGAUCACACUAUACAGAAAUCUCCUGCGUGAAUCCGAGAAGCUCCCCUCCUAUAACUUCAGGAUGUACGCUGCACGCAAAAUCAGGGAUACAUUCCGCGCCAACAGGGGCAUCCGGGACUUCGGGGAGAUCGAUCGGCAGAUGGUCGCGGGCCAGGAGAAUCUGGAGCUGAUACGUCGCCAGGUGAUCAUCGGGCACCUGUACAGCGCUGACAAGCUGGUCAUAGAGAACAAGAAGACCCUGAAGCCCUCCGAUGACUGAGGAAGAAACGAGCGGGAGCUGAGGAGACUACAAAGCAGGGAGGGAGCAGGAGCAGGGGGAGAUGCAGGAGCAGGAGCCGUCUCCACAUGAAGACACAACUCGAAAGACUCGACCCACACACAACACAACACACACCACACGCAUUGAUUCUGUACAUGCCACUUUGCAUCCAUCAAACCAGGGAACCGAAAUCAUUUGCUAGCAAAAAAAACACCAAUUUAAUGUUAUGUUAAACAACAAAUAUGAAAUUAUAUAUACAUACAUAUA